CGUUUCUGUCGCUUCAUAUACCCGGCCCCGCCAGCAGCAGCACUGUGUCACUGCGCCCAUCUGCAGGGCAGGCGACAGUCAGACACUAACCGCUGCACUGCUCCCCCGCCCUGCUGCCUCUGACUGACCCGUGGAUGAUGAAUGUAACUGGCAGAGAGGCAGGGACCAGGGUCGGUGUGGUGGGAAGGGAGGGAGAGGAGGAGGGCACAGCGGACGGGAAGAGGAGGAGCGGCCCGGGCUGAGCCCUGUGCUUGUCAUCAGCCGGUGACUGGUGUGUGUGGUAACAAGGAGCGGCUUCCUGCAUACACACACUACAGCACUACACACAUCUCCCUGCGCUGUACUACCAUGGCCGGCUGCAGCCUCAUUCCCUCCCUCUGCCUGCUCAUAGCACUGCAUCUGGCCAGCACGGUAUCGGGCCAACACUGUGUCUGGUAUGGAGAAUGUGGUGAAUCGGAAUCGGGCAAGCGGUACAACUGUGAAUACCUUGGACCCCCAAUACCCUUACCGGAGGAGGGUCAUGAGCUGCUUCAGCAAUUGUGUCCAUCUCUAGACUAUGGCAAUGACAGUUUGUGCUGCGAUGUGCAACAACUCAAUACCUUGAAAAACAACUUACAGCUCCCUUUGCAGUUCCUGUCCAGGUGCCCUUCCUGUUUUUAUAAUUUAAUGACUUUGUUUUGUGAGCUGACCUGCAGCCCUCGCCAGUCAGAGUUUCUAAACGUUACCGCAACCAUCAACUACACCAGCCCAGAGCCGCACAAAGGGAACCAAAGCAUUGUAGCUAUGGAGUAUUUUAUUGGCCAAAGCUUUGCAGAUGCAAUGUACAAUGCCUGCAAAGAUGUUGAAGCCCCAUCAAGUAAUGUCAAAGCUCUGGGCUUGAUGUGUGGGAGAGAGGCCAAAGACUGCAACGCCACUAACUGGAUUCAGUACAUGUUCAACAAAAACAAUGGACAAAUUCCUUUUACCAUAACUCCCAUAUUCUCAGAUCAGUCAUUACCUCCAAUGAUUCCCAUGAACAAUGGCACAAAAGGAUGCAAUGAGUCUGUGGAUGAAGACAGCGCCCCCUGCAGUUGUCAGGACUGCACACUGGUGUGUGGGAACAAACCCGCACCGCCUCCACCCCCGUCACCUUGGCUUAUUUUGGGUUUGGAUGCUAUGGCUGUCAUUAUGUGGAUAGCAUAUGCUGUGUUCCUGCUACUCUUCUCUGCAGCUGUCAUUGGAGCUUGGUGUUACAGGAAAAAGAAUAUUGUUUCAGAAUAUGCUCCAAUUGACAGCACUUUAGCAUAUUCUGUCAAUUCCACUUCUAUAGCAGGUGAUCCAUCAUGCUGUGAUAGAAUUGGGGAGCGGCUUGAGAAUGGUCUGCGAGUGGCUUUCACAAAAUGGGGUUCCUUCUGUGUCCGACACCCCUGGAUUGUUAUCUUCUUCUCUCUUGUUCUUAUUGCUGUGUGUUGCGCUGGGCUAAAGUUUAUGCGGGUAACGACGGACCCUGUGGAACUUUGGUCUGAUCCCCACAGCCAGGCACGCCGAGAGAAGGAUUACUUUGACACACAUUUCGGCCCUUUCUUCCGUACCGAGCAGCUGAUCAUCACUGCACCGUUCAGCAAGGGCGGCACCUAUUCUCCAUAUCCAGCAGGCAAUGAUGUACAUUUUGGUCCACCUUUAACCUUUGACAUUCUGUCUCAGGUCUUAGAAUUGCAAAAUGCCAUUGAAAACAUAACUGCUUCCUACCAAAAUGAGACGGUGAUGCUGAAAGACCUGUGCUUGGCUCCGCUGGCACCAUACAAUAACAACUGCACAAUCCUCAGUGUGCUGAACUACUUCCAGAACAGCUAUGACGUGUUGAAUCAUACUGUGUGGGAUGAAUACGGAUUUGAAGUUGUUGCGGAUUACCACACCCACUUCUUAUACUGUGUACAAUCUCCAGCAUCUCUAAAUGAUACCUCCGCCCUCCACGAUCCGUGCCUAGGUACAUUUGGUGGGCCGAUCUUCCCGUGGCUUGUACUCGGAGGGUAUGAUGGGGAGAACUAUCAUAAUGCCACCGCACUAGUGAUUACUUUCCCCGUGAACAAUUUUCACAAUGACUCACAGAAAGUAAACAAAGCCAAAGCCUGGGAGAAAGAAUUUAUCAGUUUUGUGAAAGGUUACAACAACUCAAAUCUGUCCAUCUCAUUCUCUGCUGAGAGGAGCAUUGAGGAUGAGCUAAACAGGGAAAGUUACAGUGACGUGCGGACUGUCCUGAUCAGCUAUGCGUUAAUGUUUGUUUACAUCUCGCUGGCCUUGGGUAACAUCAGCCAGUGCAGCAGUAUCUUGGUGGACUCUAAGAUCUCGCUGGGCAUCUCUGGAAUCCUGAUUGUGCUGAGUUCGGUUGCCUGCUCUCUGGGUAUCUUCAGCUAUGUCGGUGUGUCACUUAGUCUCAUUGUCAUAGAGGUCAUCCCGUUUUUGGUUCUUGCAGUUGGAGUGGACAAUAUAUAUAUCAUUGUGCAGACACUACAGAGAGAUGAGCGUCUCCAGGGAGAAAAACUUGAUCAGCAGAUUGGCAGAGUCCUGGGCGACGUUGCACCCAGCAUCUUCCUGUCCGCUUUCUCCGAAACCGUGGCCUUUUUCUUAGGGGCACUGUCCAACAUGCCGGCCGUGCGGACCUUCUCCCUCUUUGCUGGGAUGGCCGUCUUUCUCGACUUUGUGCUUCAGAUCACCUUCUUUGUGAGCCUGCUGGGUCUGGAUAUCAAGCGCCAAGAGAAAAAUAGACUGGACAUUCUCUGUUGUGUACCAGGGUGUAAGCGAAGCCGUGAGACUGAAAAACCUAAGAGCUGGCUGUUCCUGUUUUUCAAAAAGAUCUACUCCCCGCUAUUAAUGAAAGACUGGAUGAGACCCGCAGUGGUGUCCAUCUUUGUUGGAAUGCUCUCCUUCAGUAUCGCUGUAGUCAAUAAAGUGGAAAUAGGUUUGGAUCAAACCCUAUCAAUGCCCGAUGACUCUUAUGUGUUGAAGUAUUUUGACUCGCUGAAUAAAUACUUACACAGUGGUCCUCCCAUGUAUUUUGUGGUGGAAGAAGGGCAUGACUACACGACAAUGGAUGGCCAAGAUAUGGUGUGUGGUGGAGCAGGGUGCAGUAACAAUUCACUAGUGCAACAGAUUUACAAUGCAGCACAAAUGGCCAACUACACAAAAAUUGGGUAUGCCCCUUCCUCCUGGCUUGAUGAUUACUUUGAUUGGGUGAAGCCCCAGUCUACAUGUUGCCGAGUGUAUAAUACAACACAACAGUUCUGCAAUGCCUCAGUUGUGGAUCCAUCGUGUGAGCGCUGUCGCCCAUACACUCCAGCAGGGAAACGGAAGCCGGUGGGAGAGGAGUUUAUGAAAUUCCUGCCGAUGUUUCUCACUGAUAACCCGAACCCCCAGUGUGGUAAAGGCGGGCAUGCAGCGUAUAGCUCUGCUGUUGACCUUAUCGACAACAACACUGAAGUGGGAGCCAGUUACUUCAUGACCUACCACACAGUGCUGCAUAACUCCUCAGACUUCAUUGAUGCCUUACGCAAAGCUCGGAUGAUAGCAGAAAAUAUUACGGACAGCAUGGACGUGCACAGCAAGAAUUACAGCAUCUUUGCUUACAGUGUUUUCUAUGUGUUUUACGAGCAGUAUUUAACUAUCGUGGAUGAUACAGUGUUCAACCUUUGCUUGUCACUGGCUGCCAUAUUCUUUGUGGCAGUCAUCCUGCUGGGCUUUGAGAUUUGGUCGGCAAUCCUGAUGUGUGUCACCAUAUCCAUGAUUCUUGUCAACAUGUUUGGAGUCAUGUGGUUGUGGAGCAUCAGCCUAAACGCCGUUUCUCUGGUGAAUUUAGUUAUGUGUUGUGGCAUUUCUGUGGAGUUCUGCAGUCAUGUGACCCGAGCAUUCUCAGUCAGCACAAAAGGAAAUAGAGUACAGCGUGCAAAGGAUGCGUUGGCACAUAUGGGCAGUUCGGUAUUCAGUGGAAUCACCCUGACAAAGUUUGUAGGCAUUGGUGUGUUGGGCUUGUCCAAGUCUCAGAUAUUCAAGGUUUUUUACUUCCGGAUGUAUUUGUCUAUGGUGCUUCUGGGGGCUGCCCACGGUCUAAUAUUUCUACCAGUUCUUCUUAGUUACGUAGGGCCACGGGUGAAUAAAGCUAAAGUACAAGCUGCACAGGAAAGAUUAAGGGGCACAGAACACGAAAGACUUCUAAGCCACUAGCGUGAGUGUGAGCACUAUACAGAAUCCAAUCACUGGACAAGGGAUACAUGGGUGCAUCGGUAGCUACAGGGCACAUGGCAGUGACACGGAUCAUGCUCUGCAGCCAUCCGUCUCAGGAAAGGACUCUUCCAGGACAGCAGUGUUAUAUUAGCAUAUACUUAUGGGGUUUUUCACUUGUAUAUAGACGUUACAUUAAUGUUAGGAAAGAAGCCUGCACUGGAGCUUUUUCUAUUUUCUUUUGCAUACAAUGUUUAAUUUAUAGGGAUACCAGAUAUGUUUUAUAAAUGCAAAACCAAUGCAAACUAUCCAGCUCCUUUAUUUCUGAUGAAAUCAUAUGUUUAACAGAGGCAAAUACUAUAUUUUAGAAACUAAUUUACUAAACGUUGACUUUUUUACAAAUGAGAAAAUAUAUGCAAGAUGAAGAAACAAAGGAUCUUACAUCGUUUUAUAAGCAGAAGGCGCAUGGACUUUAUUAUUACAGUAAUAAAUAAACUUUAUACAGAUUUGUUUAUAUGUCGGCUAGAAAGCUACGAUCUUCAGCAGAGACUGUUCCCCGAAGAGCUGCUUGAAGAAGAGCACGUGUUCCUCGCAGUGUUCUCCUGCAGGGAAUAAGAGUGACCAUUACUCAGAUCCUGUCUGAGACAUCUCUCACCCAUCACCAGUGUUUUUUUU